AUGUGGUCUUUAUUUGGGUACGGUGAGGAGGCAGCAGCAGAUAAAAGCGGAGGAGACAACAAAGAAGAAGCAGACGAAGAAGCAGCAAAACAAGCAGCAGAAGCAAAAGAAAAAGAAGCAGCAGCAGACACACAGCAGCAGCAGCAGUCCUCAACGUCUGGGGGCGGCAUCUGGAGUUGGUUUGGUUACUCAGAUGCAGCAGCAGAGCAACCAAAAGAAAAUGCAGCUGAGGGAGAGGGUCAGUCUGCUGCUGCGGAGGGGGCCCCGGAGGCUGCAGCAGCAGCAGCAAAGAAGACAGAGAAGAAGAAAAAGAAGCAUCAUGAAGCAGACAAAGCCAGCAGCAGCAGCAGCAGCAGCAGCAGCGGUAAGGGGGUAGAAGGAAAGAGUAAGACGGGAGACAAAAGUAAGAGGAAGUCUGCAGAGGAGACAGCUGAAACUGCAGCAGCACGCCCGAAGAUAAGCGCAAGCGAUGUUGAAGCCACAAUGCGUCGGCUAGCUGAGGUAGAGAGACAAGCAAAAGAGAGAAGACAGAAGGAAGAAGACGCAAAGAAAACUAAAGAAAAAGCAAAACAACAAAAAAAAGAAGAGAGACAGCAACGGAUUGCUGCACUGGCUCAGCAAGUUGAGACAGCGCAGCAGCAGCUGCAGCAGACUCUUCAAGAAGCAAAGCAGCAGCAGCAACAGAGAGAGAAGGAAAAAGAAAGGAAGCGAAAAGAAAAGGAGAAGCAGCAGCAGCAGAAGCUGCAGCAGCAGCAGCAGAAGCUGCAGCAGGAGCAGCAGAAGUUGCAACAGGAGCAGCAGGAGCUGCAACAGCAGCAGCAGCAGCAGCAGCAGCAGCAAGAGCAAUCACGUGAGGAGACACCAGAGAAAGAAACGCAGCAGCAGAAAGACAGAGACAAGCUGCAGCAGGAGCGACGGGAGCAGAAAGAGAAGCGGAGACAGCAGCUGCAGCAACAGCAGCAGCAGCAGCAGCUGCUGCAGCAGCUUAUCGAUGAGAAGGAGAAAGAGUUGCAGGAGACAGCCAGAUCGCUAAGACAAGCUGUCUUAGAUCAGCAGCAAAAGACAGCAGAGAUAAUGCGCAUGCAGCAGCAAGCAAUUGCUGCUGCUGCAGCACCACCACCGCCUUCUCCUACCCCUCCUCCUGCUGCUGCUCCUCCUGCUGCUGCUGCUGCUCCUCCUCCUCCUCCUGCUGCUCCUGCUGCUGCUGCUGCUGCUGCUCCUCCUCCUCCUCCUCCUCCUCCUGCUCCUGCUGCUGCUGCUGCUGCUGCUCCUCCUCCUCCUCCUGCUGCUGCUGUUCGUCCUGCUGCUGCUCCUCCUCCUCCUCCUCGCGCUGCAGCAGCUCGUGUUGCAGCAGCUCGUAGUGCUCGUACUGCUGCAGCAGCAGCAGCAGCAGCUGCUGCUGCUGCUGCCAAGCCGUCUCCUGUGCCUGAAGCUAAGGAGGCACCGCAGCGAGCAUCAAGAGACUCUUCUUCUGCUGCUGAACCCAAAUAUGUCGUACCCAGGCUGGCAGGUGUUUCGCCUUCAUUAUGUUUACAGAAAGAGCAGCAGCAGUCUCCUCUUCAUUUUAUAUUUAGAGGCAGCCCUUUUAAUUCCUUUCCUGCAUUAGAGAGGCUGUAUAAAGAGAGGGAGGUGCUUCAUUCUCAGCUGCAAGCAGCGCAGCAGCAGCUGCAGCAGCAAACGCUUCAGUACCAGCAGCAAUUAGAUAUGCUGCAGAGACAGCAGCAUAAUCAGUAUAAGACAGGAUCUGCACAAGGGUUCGCCUUAGGAAGAGCCGCUACCAAACUUGAGGGGUAA